AUUGCUAAAAAUAUCAUAAAUUACAAUGUUGUAUUAGAUUACGAUUUGUUCAACAUUAUCUGUGUAUUAUUUGAAUAUUUAAAAAUGUUAGUCAAUUUUAUAAAGGCACACGAAAUGGAUAUAAAACCUCAAAAUGGAGAAAACACUCCGUUGUUCAAAGAAAAAAAUACAAGAAAGAAAUGGAAUUAUCAAAAUUUGUUCAAGUCAUUCAUUGUUAAAAUUGUGUUGGGUAUAUUGAUAGCAGGUGUCGUAAUUUAUAUAUUAUAUUUGUUACUCAAAAACAAUAGUCAACAAGGAGUCCAUGAAUCGAUAAAG